GGGAGGAACCGGAAGUGCGGACGGAAGUGACGCGGAGUCGUGUUAGGGGCGGUACCUGCAGCGUAAACAGAAACGCUGAGGUGCGUGAGUUUGUGGAAGUCCCUUCCCGACGCCAUGAGCCGGCUGCAGGAUGACUACGACCCCUAUGCGGUUGAAGAGCCUAGCGACGAGGAGCCAGCUUUGAGCAGCUCUGAAGAUGAAGUGGAUGUGCUUUUACAUGGAACCCCUGACCAGAAACAAAAACUCAUAAGAGAGUGUCUUACUGGAGAAAGUGAGUCCUCUAGUGAAGAUGAAUUUGAAAAAGAAAUGGAAGCUGAGUUAAAUUCCACCAUAAAAACAAUGGAGGACAAGCUCUCUUCUCUUGGAAAAGGGUCUUCCUCAGGAAAUGAAAAAGUUGGAAUAGCUCCAGCAAAGUACUACGAUGAUGUAUAUUUUGAUUCUGAUUCCGAGGAUGAAGACAAAGCAGCACAGGUAACCAAGAAGAAGAAGAGACAGCGCAGGAUUCCAACAAAUGAUGAAUUACUGUAUGAUCCUGAAAAAGAUAACAGAGACCAGGCAUGGGUUGAUGCCCAGAGAAGAGGUUAUCAUGGUUUUGGACUACAGAGGCCACGUCAGCAACAGCAGCCGGUUCCAAAUAGUGAUGCUGUCUUGAAUUGCCCUGCCUGUAUGACCACAUUGUGCCUCGAUUGUCAGAGGCACGAAUCCUACAAAACUCAGUAUAGAGCGAUGUUUGUGAUGAACUGUACUGUCAACAGACAGGAGGUUCUGAGAUACAAAAACCCAGACAACAGGAAGAAAAGACGGGGCAACAAGAAACUUCGACCAAACCAGGAAGAUCCCGCGGAGCAGGCAGGAGCUGAGGAAGUCUACCACCCUGUCAUGUGUGCAGAGUGCUCCACUGAGGUGGCCGUCUACGACAAGGAUGAAGUCUUCCACUUUUUCAACGUUUUAGCGAGCCAUUCCUAACCAGUGCAGUUGGCGUGUCAUUGUACCAUACUGUGUGAAGGAAACUGUAUGGACCAGUUGCUUUUCUUCCCUCCAGUUCAGAUUAUUAAGUGACACUGAGCUGUUCCUCGAGGAAGCAGUAUCUUAUCUGUAUGAAAAAGAAUAGUUACGAGUCUUCAUCUUCCUUUUUUGUUUAGUUUUAUGAUGCGUACUGGUGGGACUGAUUAUUCAUUUCCUUCCUGAUGGACAUUUGGAAAUAAUGGAGCUUUUUAUUUAUUAAAGCUCGUUAGAAUUAAAA